AUGGCAUACGUCUCAGUAGAAUCUGACGAUAGGCUCGAAGAAGGGCCGGAAGGACUCCAAUUCAAAUCAUACCUUGAUCCCAACGCUGGGUCCAAUGCGAAUGGGUCCCGCUCACCAGGGAGGUCAGGGAGCGGUUACUUUGAGGAUACCCCACGCAAGUCCGGCGGUGGAUUCUGGACUGUAGACUAUUAUCAACAGUACUUCGACGUCGAUACCAAGACCGUUCUACAACGCUGUUAUACCACCCUUCUGCCGACUUCCUCCUCGUAUCGUACCUCCCACCUGUCUCCAGCGCCAGAUCUUUAUGGGCCAUUCUGGACCCUCUCCACGCUGAUAUUCUGCCUGUUCCUCUCGUCCUCUCUGGCGCACUCAAUAUCGUCCUACCUUUCGCACCCAGACUCUGCCCACUACGACUAUGACUUCCACCUGCUGAGCAUCGCGGUAUCUCUCGUGUAUGCCUAUGGUCUCGGAGUACCGGUACUCCUGUGGCUUGCGCUACGCUACCUCGGCGUCGGCGAAUGGAGUAUGGUUGAAGCCGUCGCUAUUUGGGGCUAUGGCCAGUUCAUAUGGAUCCCCGUCUCGAUCUUAUGUGUCAUACCUGUCCCAAUCUUGCGCUGGGUUCUGGUCGGCGUCGCAUUCGGGCUGUCGGGUUACUUCCUGGUUGCGAACGUUUACCCCAUCCUUGCUUCCGCCGAACAAAAGGCGAUGCGAUUGAUCAUCAUCGUCAUCGGUGCCCUUCACGCCGGUUUAGCCCUUACAUUCAAAGUUCUGUUUUUCAGUUAUUAUGUCGUCGGGCAGAUCGGCAGCAAGGAUCCACUUGGCGAUACCCCCGGUGCCGGGGAUAUAAACGAGGACGCGGGAGGAGCGAGUAACACUACAGCCGCCCUGUUGAAGAUGCUGUUCUAGUAUGUAUCAUGACUAGAUUACUGUUACACAGCGGCGUUCGGCGGAGUCUCUACCCUUGUCUACCAACGAUAAUCAAAUUUUG